AUGGGUUGUUGCAUGAGUGCAGAGGAUCAAGAAGGGAAGAGGAAAAACGAUGAGAUCGAUAAUCAGCUUAAGAGAGACAAGAUGUUAAUGCGAAAUGAAAUUAAAAUGCUCCUAUUAGGUGCUGGAGAGUCAGGAAAAUCGACUAUUCUUAAACAAAUGAAACUUAUUCAUGAUGGUGGUUAUUCUCCUGAAGAAAGAGAGUCAUUUAAAGAAAUAAUCUUUUCCAAUACUGUCCAAUCUAUGCGAGUCAUAUUGGAAGCUAUGGAAUUGAUGAACAUUCAAUUUCGCAGUGAGGAUGCCAAGAAACAAUCAAUGAUAAUUCUUAAUAUGCCAAAUCAAAUAGAAGGUGAUCAUUUACCUUCUAAUGUUUCGAAUGCUAUCAAAAUUCUAUGGGCCGAUGGUGGUGUACAGGAAUGUUUCAGUCGAUCCAGGGAAUAUCAGUUAAAUGAUUCUGCUAAAUAUUACUUUGAUUCAAUUGAUCGAAUUUCUCAGACUGACUAUUUCCCAACUAAUCAAGAUGUGCUACGAUCGCGUGUAAAGACCACUGGUAUUACUGAAACUACAUUUUUCAUUGGCGAAUUAACUUACCGAAUGUUUGAUGUUGGUGGGCAGCGUUCGGAACGUAAGAAAUGGAUUCAUUGUUUUGAGAACGUAACUGCUAUAGUGUUCUUGGUUGCCAUCUCUGAAUAUGAUCAAUUGUUACUUGAAGAUGAGACUGUGAAUCGUAUGCAAGAAGCUUUAACACUUUUUGAUUCAAUCUGUAAUUCACGAUGUGAUGCUAAACAAAUUUAUACACAUUUCACUUGUGCCACUGAUACUCAACAAAUAAAGUUUGUCAUGGCUGCUGUUAACGACAUUAUUAUUCAAACUAAUUUAAGAGAAGUUGGAUUAUUAUAA